UGUCUGGAAAGCGGACAAUAUUGAAUAUAAACACGUAGUCCCGCUGAUAAGAUCAAUUGCUCCGAAAAGGCUACUGGCGUUGGCACGUGGCGCAGCAGGAACCGCAUCUGUCAGGGCGUUGAGUGGGAUAACUGACACGCGUCAGGACAGACUGGCAAUUAAGUUUCCUUUUGGAUGAACAAACACUGGCGUGUGUCGAACACAACCUUUAUUGGUCACGCAUCCAAAAUAUGGGACAAUCAAGAAAUUAAAUCCCAUUUGGGGCAGGACAGGUGUAGCCUACAGACUGUAGUAAGCUCUGUCAUCCUCGGGGAACUGAAGGGUCGAGCUUUAUUGUCCAAUGGUAGGAACAAGAGCGGAACAGACCGCCCCUUGCCGAGAAACUCCGCUGACCUACUAUAUAACCACCCACUGUCUGUUCCGAGCAAGACACAUCACACAGAGCAACGCAACCUUGUCUGUUCACUGCAAGAUCCCGAUAACGCUUGGAUUAUAACUAUGACUCUGGAGGAGAUCAGCGGACAAGAGAAUACGAUGGAAAACGCAGAUAGGGUGCAAAAUGCAGGCGCAGCCCUGGAAGAGCUGCUGGUCGCUGCAAAGGAGCAAGACUACCUGACAGUUGGAGUUUAUGAAUCUGCUAAAGUCAUGAAUGUUGACCCAGACAGCGUAGCGUUCUGCGUCCUCGCCACCGAUGAGGAAUACGAGAGUGACAUCGCUCUUCAGAUCCACUUCACCCUCAUCCAGGCUUUCUGUUUCGACAACGACAUCAACGUGGUGCGCGUCAAUGACAUAGAGCGUCUGGCCGACCUCGUGGGCGCAAACGAGACCGGCGAACCCAAGGACGCGCACUGCAUUCUUGUCACGAGUCCCUGUGCAAAUCCAUGGAAGGAUCCUGCUCUGGACAAGCUGGGUUUAUUCUGUGAGGAGAGCCACAGUGUGUACGACUGGGUGCCCGCCAUCACACUGCCAGAGCGCUGAAGUGACAUUCCACUAAAAAUGUUUCACAUGAUGUUGAUGAUGAUGAUGAAAAGAAAGUCAAGGAGCUGAGCUUCAACUGGGGGUGUCAGGCCUCAUUUUUCUGGAUUAAAAGGCUGUGACUGUAAGCCCCUGCAAGAGUGUACCCUUCCAGUGCAUUCUGAGUCAGCAUGUUGAUUCUGGAUUACCCUGGGCUUGGUGUUCAGAGGUCAAGUGUGGACUGGGUCAGGCGUGUGUUGAGUGGACAAGAAGCCUGAUGACAGACAUUGAGAAGGAUCUGGACUGUACUGCACAGUGCAGAAAGAGUGCUGACUGCCUUAGCACUGUGGAACUGAGCAAAGAGACUGUGCAAGAAAGGGACUUAUAAAAGUGUGGAGACUGCACUGAGUCUCACCAGAGGGGAACAAGGAAGAUGCUGGUCCUGAAGAGGGUAUCUGAAACUGUCUAAAUGGACUUAACUUUCUUUGUCAGUGUGCAGCUAUCAGGAAGUUCUUGGAAUAAGUAGCAACUUUGCUCACAAAUCCUGAUCUGAGCUGUGUCUGUACCUGUGACACUUUCAUGGACUAUUAUUUUUACUUUCAAUUAUACAGACAAAUCAAUGCAAUAUUCAUUUGAAUUGUGUUUAUUUUUAAAGGUUUGUCAAUAAACAUUU